GGGGAAAACCAAAUAGACAGUUAGACUGACAGGUAGAAAGAGAGGGGGGGGGGAAUCUAAACUGAUAGAUAGAUAAUCAGAAAUAUAAAAAAUCGUAAUCUCGAUAUUCUCUUACAUAAUAAACACACUAAGAGAACACAGCCACCACCCACCUCAACAGCACUAACAACUAGCAACAACACCAAUCAUCAGCACGGGAUCUAAGUGAAAGUUUUUUUUUCAUUAUUUUGCCAGCUCUGGUAUCACUAACGUGACGAACGACAGUCUGCCAUCAACCGGUAAUACAGCACAGCAUGUCGGUGUGGUUUACUCGUGUUAUUCGGAAUCCCCUGUUAAGUUAUCGCUUUCUCAGUGGAUUCAAGAAUGUACGCCAGUAUUCUCCAGCAGCAAAAAUCACAACACAUUACACAAUCCAUCCAAGAAAAGAUGAUGAGCGAUGGAAAGAUAUCGAUAUGGAAAGAUAUGCUGAUGAAACAGAUGUCCUUAUUGUUGGUGGAGGGCCUGCAGGCUUAUCUGCAGCUUGUCGUCUCAAACAGCUUGCAGCUGAAAAAGAAAUUGAACUACGAGUAACACUAGUUGAAAAAGCUGCUGAAAUUGGCGGACACACUUUAUCUGGCGCUUGCUUAGAACCAAGAGCUUUAGAUGAGCUCUUUCCAAAUUGGAGUGAUAUGGAGGCUCCACUGCUUACUCCUGUGACUGAAGACAAGUUUGCUUUCCUGACAGAGAAAGGAAGAAUUCCAAUUCCUAUUUUACCUGGAAUGCCAAUGAGAAAUCAUGGUAAUUACAUAGUCAGACUUGGAAAUUUUGUUCGGUGGCUAGGAGAACAAGCUGAAUCAUUGGGUGUAGAUGUUUACCCAGGAACAGCAGCUUCAGAGAUCCUAUUCAAUGAAGAUAACAGUGUAAAAGGCAUUGCUACCAAUGAUGUUGGAAUCCAUAAAGAUGGCUCACCAAAAGAAUCAUUUGAAAGAGGAAUGGAAUUACAUGCCAAGAUGACUAUAUUCUGUGAGGGUUGUCAUGGACAUUUAGCUAAACAGUUGUACAAGAAGUUUGAUCUGCGGAAGGAUUGUGAACCACAGACUUAUGCCAUCGGUUUCAAGGAACUCUGGGAAGUUAAUGAAGCAAACCACAAACCUGGGAAAAUAGAACACUCAGUUGGAUGGCCUCUUGAUAUGCACACCUAUGGGGGAUCAUUUUUAUACCAUCUUGGUGAAGGAGAACCACUUGUUGCUAUUGGAUUUGUGGUAGCUUUGGACUAUCAGAACUACUUAAAUCCUUUUAAAGAAUUCCAAAGAUUCAAGACUCACCCUAGCAUCAAGAGUUUAUUGCAAGGAGGAAAUAGAAUAGCGUAUGGUGCCAGAGCUUUAAAUGAAGGUGGCCUUCAGAGCAUACCCAAACUUACAUUCCCUGGUGGCUGCCUCGCAGGUUGUAGCCCUGGAUUUAUGAAUGUACCAAAAAUUAAGGGUAGCCAUAAUGCCAUGAAGACAGGGAUGCUGGCUGCUGAAGCUGUCUUCGACAUCAUUGCAGAGGAUCCAGAUUCUGCAUCAGGAAAAGAACCAGUAGAAUAUGAAACCACUUACCGAAACAGUUGGGUUUACAAAGAACUGAAAACCAUUCGCAAUGUCCGACCCUCAUUUCACUCCAGGCUUGGACUGUUUGGGGGUCUAAUGUACACAGGAGUAUUUACUUGGAUCUUUCAAGGAAAAGAACCAUGGACACUCUCACACAAUGGUCCUGAUUAUAAAAAGUUAAAACCAGCUACUGAAUGCAAAGUUAUAGAAUAUCCUAAACCCGACAAUGAAAUUUCUUUUGAUCUCCUAAGUUCUGUUGCUCUAACUGGAACUAACCACGACCAUGACCAACCUGCCCACCUCACUCUGCUGAAUGACAAUGUCCCAGUUAACCAAAAUCUUCAAAACUUUGAUGGACCUGAACAACGAUUCUGCCCUGCAGGUGUCUAUGAAUAUGUUCCUACAGAAGAUGGUGACAGUAUGCGACUGCAGAUCAAUGCACAGAAUUGUAUCCACUGCAAAACCUGUGAUAUAAAGGAUCCAAGCCAGAAUAUAAACUGGGUGUGUCCUCAAGGGGGAGAAGGCCCUGCUUACAACGGAAUGUAACAGUAAAUUCACUUCUUGAGCUGUAGGCAUUUCUUAAUUUUGUGUUUAUAAUUAACAUAUUUAAUUUUAAUAAAUCACUUUUUGUUAAAAUAGUUGUUGAAAGUUUGUUGAAAUGUCAAAAUUGAUACAGAUAAAAUUUGAGACAUUACAAAUCAGUUGUUAUACAUUAAAAGAAAAACUUUUCUAAUUUGUAAAUUAAGUCUUCUGCCAAAAGUAUUAGUUUUCAAGUUUUUAUGAUUGAGUGUGCCUUGAAUAGUCCUUUAACAUAAAGGGAAUAACUCAGUGCUUUUUUGAAUUUCAGUCAAAAUAAAGUAAAAGUCGUAAGUUUACUUUAUUAAGCAGGGCCCUUUUAAUCAUGUCUAAGCCCUCUUUUAGCUAUUAAGGUGCUUUCUUUAGACAAUGCACUAUGUCUUUGAGGCUUUUUUAAUCUAUGUUAUAUUUUCCUGAAGAAAGUUUCAAAAUUGUUUGUGCUAAAGGGACAACUCUAAUGCCAUCUUUAUGUAGUAUAGCAAAAUCAGGUUGAGGGUAUUCAUUCCUCUCCAAGCUAUGCUCAUAGGAAAGAGUUAAGCAUCUAGACUAACAAAUGUGAAUAUACUUCUAAGUAGAUUAUAAUUGAAAACAAACACUAAAUAUUAUUGGGUUAGUGUUAUAAGUGCUGCGACUGAUGCAUUUUAGUGGUCAACUGUACCCACUCUUUACAAUCAUUUUGAGCAUUAAGUACAUGUCUGUAGCACAAUUUGAUGUUGAUUAAUGUAAUUAGGGCAUAGGAUUUCUCCAGUUAGUGGAAGAAUCAUCAAUCUUUCUGGUUACAUUUCUCAAUUUAAAUUAUUUAUUAAUAACAGCAUGUAUUCAUACCCCUUUUGGAAUCAUUUGAUUUUAGCAGGUGGAAUUGUCCAAAAGGAAAAUCAAAAUGUCAUAGUUCUUUUAUUUCUUCACCUCAUCAAAGCACUGAUUAGAUAUGUUUCUUCCAAUGCAAUAAACAAGCUGACUGCAUUAACAGUAGGUAUGAGGAAUUUGUGCUGCACAAAAUCUCUUACAUUUUCGUUGUAUAUUUUAAAUUAGACUACUGCUUCAUAACACACUCAUCAAAGUCAUACAAUGUUAUAUAGUCACUGGGGUUUUAUUUAUAAAGUCACUUCUUUUAUAUUAUAUAUUUACAAUAAGCAAAACUAAUACAGUGUAAGUAAG